AUGGUAGGAUUGCUUUGCACAAUUUCGGUUGCGUAUUGUUUCAGCUGGGAAUCCACCACCAACGAUCUACACACUCCAAAUAUUGUAAAUCGAACGCAUUCACUUAAUCCAGUAUUAUCUCGAAGGAAGCGGUUUGUUGUGUUUCCAUUGGGUUCAAGUUUCUCGAUCGCUGCAUGUAUGACAAUUGGAAUGUAUGGAAAUCCCAAUUAUAAUAUGUUCAGUUGGGCGGUGAACUGGGGUGUUGCGUACAACUUGCCCAAUCAGACGAUAAGUUUUCAAAGCGAAAUGAGGGAAGCUAAAUCAAUGGCACAACGAAGGCAUCGACGUGAUUUAUAUCAGAAGCUGGAAGUUGCUAUGGAUGCCAUGGGAUUCAGUGGACGAGAAUGCGUUUUACGAGCGCUUUGUGAAAGCUCGCAAUAUUUCGGGCGGAAGGGAUCCAACAUGAUAGCGGAAGUACUACGAACAUUGUUUAGUUUUCCCAGGCCCAAAGUUUUGCCUUCGGAGAACAGCGAAAUCCGAACCUACGACGAGGCUCAUCGGAUAGGACGCAAUAAGGUGCAAUGUCAGUCUUUAUAUUCUGCAUGUGGAUUUUCAUUACUAGAGCUGGCAUUAGGGAAGUAUUCGAGUCCCUUCAACUUCGAGUAA